AUGCCACCCAUUACGUACAUAACACGCUCAGAGACGUUUUCAGCUGCUCACAGACUUCAUUCACCUAAAUUGUCCAAUGAAGACAACCAGCAAUUGUAUGGAAAGUGCAAUCAUCCGCACUUUCAUGGACACAAUUACAAAGUGGAGAUCACUCUAAAGGGCGAGGUGGACCCGCUUACUGGCAUGGUGAUGAAUCUGGUCGACCUGAAAGAGUGCAUCAAGCUUGCAGUCAUGGAUCCCCUUGAUCAUCGAAACUUGGACCUGGACGUGGAAUUCUUUAAAAACAAAGCAAGUACAACUGAAAAUUUAGCAGUGUUCAUUUGGUGGAAUUUUCAAUACCAUUUCCUGAAAAACGACAGCUGGAGAUCCAGUUCAGCUCGACUACACAAGGUCAAGAUUUUCGAAACAGAACACAACAUUGUAGAAUACUUGGGAGAGGGUGAAUUGGAUGAGGCUGAUGGCCAAGUGGAUGUUGCAUUAAUUAAGCUAAUGGGAGUUGGCAUCAAUCAUGGCGGAUUGGAUAACAAGAAGAGCGCAUGGUCGCUUGAUAUGUAG